UCGUUAUCGCGGGUUUCCCUGUCAGCAACUUGAAUCGUUGUGUUUCCUGAUAAGGGUUUUUUAUAGGGUUUACUCUUAUCAUUCCUUCCAUCCAAUAACAAUGGGGUCUUUGGAGAAUGGAGCACACAAAGCAAGGGAACUUGGACAACAGGAAUUGGAACAAGAACCCAUACUAAUGGAACAAACCCAGAGGUUUUGUAUGUUCCCCAUUCGCCACAGGCAAGUUUGGGAGAUGUACAAAAAGGCUGAAGCCAGUUUCUGGACCGCUGAAGAGGUUGAUCUCUCCUAUGACGUACAACAUUGGGAAACCUUGUCUGUCUCUGAGAAGCACUUUAUAACACAUGUCCUCGCUUUUUUCGCUGCAUCUGAUGGAAUUGUCUUGGAGAAUUUGGCUGCAAGGUUUCUCAACGAUGUUCAAAUUCCUGAGGCUCGAGCAUUCUAUGGGUUUCAGAUAGCAAUGGAGAAUAUUCAUUCUGAGAUGUACAGCUUGCUAUUGGAGACAUAUAUUAAAGAUUCAAGAGAGAAACAUAGAUUAUUCAAUGCAAUUGAAAAUCUUCCUUGUGUUGCGAGGAAGGCUGAGUGGGCAUUGAAUUGGAUUCAUAGUUCCACUUCAUUUGCGGAGAGACUUGUUGCUUUUGCAUGUAUUGAAGGAAUAUUUUUCUCAGGAAGCUUCUGUGCCAUAUUUUGGCUUAAAAAGAGAGGAUUGAUGCCAGGUUUGACAUUCUCAAAUGAGUUAAUCUCUAGAGAUGAGGGCCUUCAUUGUGAUUUUGCUUGCCUUCUGUACAGCUUGUUACGGAAGCAACUAGAUUCUGAGCGGGUUUAUAACCUUGUACAUGAAGCAGUUGAAAUUGAAACUGAGUUUGUGUGUGAGGCACUUCCUUGUGCGUUGAUUGGUAUGAACUCAACGCUCAUGAGCCAGUACAUAAAAUUUGUUGCUGACAGGCUAUUGGUUGCCUUGGGGUACCAAAAAAAGUACAAUGUGGAAAAUCCCUUUGAUUGGAUGGAGUUUAUUUCUUUGCAAGGAAAGGCAAACUUUUUUGAGAGAAGGGUUGGUGAUUAUCAGAAGGCAUCUGUGAUGUCAAGCCUCCAAGAUGCUGAGAAGAACUUUGUUUUCAAACUUGAUGAGGACUUCUAAUCAUAUGAUUGUUCCGUCACAGCUUCAAGUAUUAUGAGGAUAUUGAAUUGGGCAUCAAAAUUUUUGAACGUGCUUAGUCUACACAAUAUAAGUGAUUCCUAGCUGGCAUCUUCACUUCAAUCAGCGCACUUGUAUAUUAUUUUUCAUUCUGUAGUUCGAAGGCAUGUAAUAUUUUUUAUGGUUGCCAAAACGGCCAAGUUACUUUCUCUUAUAAGGACUCCGUUAAUGUGGAGCAGCCAUAAAUAAUGUAUACACAAUAAUUUUUAUAGCACCAUCUCCCUCUCUGUUUUGAAUGGGAGGUAAAUUGCAUUAGCACUUGAUUUGCUGGCUU